UUACUCCCGUCAUCGUACAGCGGCUGCGACUAGCCAGUGUAGCUCGAUCUUCCGCUCCUGUCCCUCAUCGGUACUUGGCGGUCGAGAAGGCGAUCGAUGGCGUCAUCGUUGGUGUGGUCGAGGCGCGCGCUGGUCGUGAUGGUGGUGGCGGCUGCGAUGGUGGUGGCGACGCAGUCGUCGGAGGCAGCGGCGAGGAGCGGCGGGGCCGACGAAGACGAGCUUCGGUUCCCGGGGUUCCCGGGCGGCAGGCCGCGCAACCCUGGCUUCCCGGGGGUGCCCGGAGGCAGGGUAGCGUCGCCGCCAGCGUCUCGCUUCAAGCCGUCCACGCCGCCGCCGUCGCCGCCGUCGCCGCCGCUGCAGCCGCCACCCGCUGCUAGUGCUAGCCCACCGUGCAGCAGCGGGGCGCCUUCGCAGCCGGCGCUGCAGCCGCUGCCCGGGUUCCCGGGCCUACAGCAGCCGGGCAACGGCGGCGGGUCGCCGUCGUCGCCGGCGGACUGCGUGACGCCGCUGGCGGGGCUGAUGACGUGCGCGUCGUUCCUGACGGGGAGCGAGCCGGACACCCCGACGCCGCAGAGCGAGUGCUGCAGCGGGCUGGGCAUGUUCCUCAACAGCACGGCGGCGGUGGACGACCGCUCGCUGCGGUGCCUGUGCCCGGUCAUCCUCGGCGACGUCAACCGCAUGCUGCCCAAGCCCAUCGACCCCGUCCGCAUGAUGUACCUCCCCAUCUCCUGCGGCGUCGUCCUCCCGCCUCAAGUCCUCUUCAUCUGCUUCACUGGACAGCCAACGCCACCCGUGGUCUCGCGCAUCCCGGACUCCUGGAUGACGCCAGCUUCAUCAGCAUUGACACCUUGACAGAUGCCAACCGGACCAGGGAUUCAGAUACAAUUAAUUAUCUCAAGUUAAUUUAUGCCUAUUGGCAGAUGAUGCUAUAUGUCUUGAAUUCAGAUGCAGUCAUGAAGGGAAAAAAAAAUAGGCUGCAUCACCUGUGCCGGAAACUAGUAACCAACUUACCAUACAGCUGAUCUAGAUUGGUCAGUGCAUCAUGUGCCUUGUAAGAGAUGUACUUUUCCAUUGAAAACUAUAUACAUAUAUAAAAGAGCAGAUUGUAUUUAA